CGUUACUUGGGUUCUUCUCGAAACUCCAUGCUUGUUACGCAACCUAACGCUGCUCUUUUGCUACAAUCACGCUUCAAAAAAGUGAGCAGCGCACAGAGCAUCGCAUGACCGGCUCAUUCAUCGCCGUUGCUGCCAGAAGACUCUCCCAAUCCGCUAGACACCUCUCGACCUCCUCGGCAGCAUUGCUAUCGCCCACCAUGGCCAACCUAGAGUUCAAGACCCGCACCAUUGGUGCCCCUAACACAUUGGACUUCCGCGUCUGGCUCGAGAGCACGCGCACUGGGCAGGCCGUGUCGGCGUUCCACGAUGUGCCCCUCUUUGCCGAUGAGGCCAAGACGAUCAUCAACAUGAUCGUCGAGAUCCCCCGCUGGAGCAACGCCAAGCUCGAAGUGUCCAAGGAGGAGCCACUGAACCCGAUCAAGCAGGACACCAAGAAGGGCAAGCUGCGCUUUGUCCGCAACUGCUUCCCGCACAAGGGCUACAUCUGGAACUACGGCAUGGUCCCCAGCACGUGGGAGGACCCGAAUGCCACGCACCCGGACACCAAGGCCAAGGGCGACAACGACCCUCUGGACAUUUGCGAGAUCGGCGAGCAGGUCGGCUACACCGGCCAGCUGAAGCAGGUCAAGGUCCUCGGUGUCAUGGCCCUCCUCGACGAGGGUGAGACUGACUGGAAGAUCAUCGCCAUCGACAUCAACGAUCCGCUCGCUCCCAAGCUCAACGAUAUCGAGGACGUGGAGAGGCACCUCCCCGGCCUCAUCCGUGCCACCAAUGAGUGGUUCCGCAUCUACAAAAUCCCCGACGGAAAGCCAGAGAACCAGUUUGCUUUCAGCGGCGAGGCCAAGAACAAGCGCUACGCCAUGGAGGUUGUCCACGAGUGCCACGAGGCGUGGAAGAGGCUCAUGAGCGGCCAGACCGACGCUGGCGGAAUCUCCAUCGCCAACACCGCCGUGCAAGGCAGCAAGGGCUACGUUAGCCCUAACGACUCACUCGUCCAGAGUAUCCCGCACAACGCCCCGCAGCCUGCAGCUCCGAUCGACCCGAGCAUCGACAAAUGGUUCUUCAUCUCCUCCUCGGCUACCAUCUAAGUGUAUGCCCACGCGGAGCCGGUAGGUGAAAGGGUUGUCUAGAGUUGGGGAAAAUCGCAUCGUGCAUGCGCGCGUAAAAUUUGUACUUCCACCGAAUCAAACACGACAGACAGAAACCAAUGCGCUUCUGGCACAUCUG